AUGGAGGCCCUGCAGAGGCAGCAGGCAGCUCGGCUGGCCCAGGGAGUGGUGCCAUUAGCCCCUCCACACCCACCACUGCCACCAAAGCCUCCCCUUCCUGGCCCCCGGACCCUACAGGUCCCUGAGGGGGCCUUGAGGGAGGUUGGGGCUGAGGAAGAGGAGGAUGCCGAAGAGGAUGAGGAGGGGGAGGAAGCCGGGGCAGAGGAGGUGGCAGCUGAGGAGAGCCGUCCAGGGGCCCAGGGCCCCAGAUCACCUUCCAGCCAGCCCUCUGGACCCCAUCCCCAUGAGUGGACCUACGAGGAACAGUUCAAGCAGCUGUACGAGCUCGAUGCAGACCCGAAGAGGAAGGAAUUUCUGGAUGACCUGUUUAGCUUCAUGCAGAAGAGGGGGACGCCAGUGAACCGCGUGCCCAUCAUGGCGAAGCAGGUGCUGGACCUGUAUGCGCUGUUUCGCCUGGUGACGGCCAAGGGCGGCCUGGUGGAAGUCAUCAACCGCAAAGUGUGGCGGGAGGUCACGCGGGGCCUCAGCCUGCCCACUACCAUCACUUCGGCCGCCUUCACUCUCCGCACCCAGUACAUGAAGUACCUGUACCCGUACGAGUGCGAGACGCGGGCGCUCAGCUCGCCGGGGGAGCUCCAGGCCGCCAUAGACAGCAAUCGGCGCGAGGGCCGUCGCCAGGCUUACACCGCCGCCCCGCUCUUCGGCUUGGCGGGGCCGCCCCCUCGGGGCGCUCAGGGCCACCCCUCUGGACCUGGCCUCGCCCCGCCCGCGUCCCCGCUCGACCCCGCCCAGGGCUCCGCCUCCGGCCUGCCGGCGCACGCGUGCGCCCACCUGAGCCCGAGCCCUAUCAAGAAAGAGGAGAGUGGAACUCCAACCCCUCGCCUGGCAGUGCCUGUGGGCCUGGCCUUGGGACCCGCACGAGAGAAGUUGGCACCAGAGGAGCCACCAGAGAAGAGGGCUGUGUUGAUGGGGCCUAUGAACCCACCUCGACCCAGCGCCCCCCUCGGUUUUCUGCCCCGUGGGAAGGUUCCCCUGAGGGAAGAGCGGCUGGAUGGGCCUCUCAAUCUGGCAGGCAGUGGCAUCAGCAGUAUCAACAUGGCCCUAGAGAUCAACGGGGUAGUCUACACUGGCGUCCUCUUUGCCCGCCGCCAGCCUGUGCCAGCUGCCCAGGGCCCAACCAACCCUGCACCCCCACCCUCUACAGGGCCCCCUUCCAGCAACUUGCCCUGAGAGAUCCUACUUGGAACUAUGAGUCCUUACCCCAUUGGUGAGGGGUGAAGGAGACCCCCCGCACCUUGAUUCUUCCGGGGUGCCUAUUCUGGGACCCAGCCUUGGGAGUUGACCACACCACCACCACCACUCCCGUGCCACGUGGACUUGAAGCCAAAGGGUUUUCUUUUGAUGUUACAUCUACCUCAAUGUAAAAAGGAGGGCAUGUCCCCCUUUGCCAAUUCUAGCAGCAUCUACCAAAGGAUUCUUCACCCAGUAAUCCUCGUCGUCCCCUCAUGUGUCCACUAUGUCAGUGUCAUCUCUAGGGCCCCACCUCUUUGAGUCAGCCCUGCUACUCUUCAGGAGCCAGGUGAAGAGUUGGGUUGGGGUGUUGUGGAGACAUCCCUCACGUCAUAUUUGGACAAUAAAACUGCAGUCCCUCCCUC